AUGGAAAAUCCUCUAGAGCUUUGGGAUGCUUUACAGCAUAGAUAUGAUCACCAGAAAAUGGUUUUACUCCCAAAGGCUAGAAAUGACUGGAAGAAUCUGAGAUUCAUGGAUUAUAAGUCAGUGGAUGAGUACAAUUCAGUCUUGUUUAAGACGGUCUCAAUGUUGAGACUUUGUGGUGAAGUAGUAACCGAAGAAGAGUUACUUGAGAAAACAUUCUCUACGUUUCAUUCCUCAAACAUAAUCCUGCAGCAGCAGUACAGAAUGAAAGGCUUCGCCACAUACACUGAUCUGAUCUCGUGCCUGCUACUGGCCGAGGCAAAUUAUGAGCUCCUGAUGAAGAACAGUGAAGCUAGACCUGUCGGAACAGCCCCAUUACCAGAGGCCAAUGGAAUUGAAAAGAAAAAUCCCAACGAGUGCAAUUACAUCCAGAAUGAUAAGAGACCACAUGGCAGAGGCCGUGGUGGUUACAGGAACCGUGACAAUUACUCGAACGGCCGAGAUAGAUACAUGGCCGGCCGGAAAGGAAAACACAAUAACCGUGGUCGUGGUUCCAAUCCCGGCUGUGGCCGAGGCAGUUAUGGCCGAGGCCGAGGCGGUAUAUCCAAGCCGUCUUACUCGGCCAAGUCCGUUUGUCACAGGUGUGGGAUGAGUAACAAUUGGGCCAAGAAUUGUAGAACUCCUAAGCACUUGUGUGAGCUCUACCAAGAAAGUCUUAAGGACAAGAACCCGGAGGCUCAUAUGGUCCAUGAUUCCGGAUAUGAGGCUGAUAAAGAAUCUGAUGUUGCAAAUGACGACCUGAUGGACUUUGAAACUUCUGAUUGUCUCAAAGACUAA